AGAGAGAGAGAGUGAGAGAGAGAGAGAGAGAGAGAGAGCUAGUCCAGUCCAGUGUGGUCGCUCCUCAUUCAUUUACUCUCCAGCCUUCGUCCACCUUCUGACACUUGUUCUGGAAAUCUUUUUUUUUUUUAGAUAUUAAAAACCAAACUCACCUAAAUCACUUUCGGAUAUGGAGUUGUCCACCUUCCCCCCCGAGCUGCUGGUCGUUUUUACGGAGCUCCCCACUGUGUCCGUAACUCCUCUAAAUGUUUCUGUCUCCGAGGACCUCCUGCAGACCAACGACACGCAGAGCUCCUCGUCCAGGGACACCGCCGGUCUCGUCCUCGCCGUGUCCAUCACGGCUCUCUACUCCCUCAUCUGUGUGGUGGGACUGCUGGGGAACGUGCUGGUCAUGUACGGAGUGGUCAGAUACACCAAGAUGAAGACGGCUACAAACAUCUACAUCUUCAACCUGGCCCUGGCGGACGCCCUGGCCACCAGCACGCUUCCCUUCCAGAGCGCCAAAUACCUGAUGAGAACAUGGCCCUUCGGGGAGUUUUUGUGUAAAGUGGUCAUCGCCAUUGACUACUACAACAUGUUCACCAGCAUCUUCACGCUCACCAUGAUGAGUGUGGACCGCUACAUCGCUGUGUGUCAUCCGGUGAAAGCCCUGGAUUUCCGCACACCUGCCAAAGCCAAACUCAUCAACGUCUGCAUCUGGAUCCUCUCCUCUGCCGUCGGAGUCCCUGUGAUGAUCAUGGCAGUUACCGAGGUGACAGAUAAAGGAAAUACAGCAUGCAUGCUCCGAUUUCUCAAACCAGAGUGGUACUGGGAUACACUGAUGAAGAUCUGCGUGUUCGUCUUCGCCUUCGUUGUGCCCGUCCUGGUCAUCACUAUCUGCUACGGUCUCAUGAUCCUACGACUCAAGAGCGUCCGUCUGCUCUCUGGCUCCAAAGAGAAAGACAGGAACCUGCGGAGGAUCACCCGCAUGGUCCUGGUGGUGGUGGCCGCCUUCAUCAUCUGCUGGACCCCCAUCCACAUCUUCAUCAUAGUCAGGACCAUGGUGGAUAUCAACCACAAUAACUUGUUUGUGAUGGCCAGCUGGCACCUGUGCAUCGCGCAGAGGUCCACUGCUGCCACCGCCAUUUAA